CUUUUAAAGAAAAAUAUAUAUGUGUGUUUGUGUGGUCCUAAUACCAAAUUAAGGGCUGGGAUUACAUCAAUGCUGUUGACUUAAAGUCAGCUUCAAGGGAGUGUUGAAAGAGAAGAUUUCCCCCAAUAAAAUGAAUGAGAGUAAAUGAAUUACAUGAAGAAAGAAGAACUGCUUUUUCUCUCUAUCUUCUGAUCAAUGUCGAGUCCAGAUUCAUCAUCAUCAUCAUCAAGUGGUGGAGAAACAGCAGCUAUUGCUAUAGCCAUGGUGGUGAUCUUAGUCAAGAUCGUUAUCGCAAUUGCAGUGUGUCAGAAAUGUAAGGAAAUAGCAGAAAAGAAACGAAUUCAGAAUAGUAGCUUAGUGAAGAUCGCAAGUCCAGACUUUCGGGCACUCACAAUGGACAACUUCCUAAAUGAUAUGGAAAGAGAGAAGCCCAUCAGGUUCACUUCUCAACAGCUCCGGAUUGCUACCGAUAACUUCACUAAUCUGUUGGGCCAAGGAGGAUUUGGUGCAGUUUAUAAAGGAAUAUUUAGCAAUGGAACUCUUGUAGCAGUGAAGGUUCUAUAUGGAAGUUCGGAUAAGAGAAUCAAGGAACAAUUUAUGGCGGAAGUUAGUACAAUCGGAAGAACCCAUCACUUCAAUCUGGUCCGUCUUUAUGGUUUCUGCUUCGAGGAACACCUCAGAGCACUUGUUUACGAGUACAUGGGAAAUGGAUCGCUUGACAAGUACUUAUUUAGUACCAACACGGUGGCGUUAGGAUUUGAAAAGCUUCAUGAGAUUGCUGUGGGGACAGCAAGAGGGAUCGCUUACUUGCACGAAGAAUGCCAACAGCGGAUUGUCCAUUACGACAUAAAGCCUGAAAAUAUUCUAUUGGAUGCAAACUUCUUUCCAAAAGUAGCUGACUUCGGUUUGGCCAAGUUGUGUAACAGGGAAAAUACUCAUAUAACCAUGACAGGGGGGAGAGGGACUCCGGGUUAUGCUGCACCGGAAGUUUGGCUGAGGUUUCCUAUAACACAUAAAUGUGAUGUCUACAGCUUUGGAAUGCUAUUGUUCGAGAUCAUAGGAAGGAGAAGGAAUCUCGACGUCAAUAGUCAAGAUAGCCAAGAUUGGUUCCCGAGGUGGGUAUGGAAGAAGUUUGAACCGGGGGAAUUAGGAGAGCUAAUGGUAGUUUGUGGAAUAGAGGAGAAAGAUAAAGAGAGGGCAGAGAGAAUGGUAAAGUUAGCUCUGUGGUGUGUACAGUACAUGCCCGAGGCAAGGCCUUUGAUGAGUAUCGUUGUUAAAAUGUUGGAAGGUGCAGUUGAGAUUCCUACACCUUCAACUAACCCUUUCCAGCACUUGAUGUCGGACACUCCGUACCCUACUGCACCUGUCUAUGAUACUUCAAAUCCAACAGACAGUACCGCCAGUGAUUUUUGUUCGGUUCCUUAUCAAACUGUAACUGGACAUAGCGUCGUCAGUGGUACUCCUAUCAUGAAGAAAUAUGAGAUUGAAAUAGUGUCUGCCUAGGCAAACUAAAUUCUCUCUCUCUCUCUCUCUCUCUCUCUCUCUCUCUCUCUAAGUGUGUAAUAUCUUUUUGUUUUAUGACCACCGAUAAAGGAUGACAACGUUAUUCAUCAUAUUCUGUAGAUUCCGGAGAGUAAAUGUAUGGCAUCUCCUUUCGUCAAACUACUCCGUGAGGAGUUCCAUAUAUCGAGUUAAUGUUAAAUCCUUCUGAAGUGAAUAAAUGUUUUGGAGGUUUGUGGAAUUUACA